CCUCCCCCCAACUCCAUCACACGUAGGCCCUCAAUUGCCCUCCUUCUAGCUGUUAACAGGAUUUGAAGUGACAGAGGAAGGGGCCGGGUAAAAGGGCUUUAUUAUGAUGACAAGUUUGAGGCAGAGAACCCAGUAAAGGCCAGGCCAGUUUUCUGUCUGUCCCCCUCCUCCCAAGGACUAGCCAUUAUUAUCCAGCUUGGUUCAUCUUUCACGGUCUGCAUUUUUUUGCCCCACCCCUAGGAAGGCCAAGGUGUCCUGUUCUGCAAGGCUGGUCAGUUCAGGAAGUAGACAUCUCUUAGGCACCUACUGUGGCCCGGGCAUUUUCCCGGAAGAAGGGCAGCUUACCUCCCCUUUUUUCCCCUCCCCUCCCUUUCAGUAUUUACUGUACAAGGCGUCCUGCGCCCAUUGGCUGGGCGGUGGUGUCUGGGGCCCUUCAGCUCAGUGCCAGCACCCAGAUCCACGUGCACCCGUGUGUGUGACACAGCCCUGACCUCAGUGGGGGCCAGUAGCCAAUCAGGCGCCAGGACGAGAUCCCCAGCCAAUCGGGGGCGGGGCCUGUGGCUCCGCCGGCGGGAGGCCAAUGAGGGGCAGUGCCUGGCAUUAUGCAACUCGCCUCCUGUCCCUGCGGAGCUUCCACUCCUUUGCAGGCUGCAACAGCGACAGGCAGGCGGCCGGAGGGCCCUCGCGCUGACAGGUACUGGCUGUGAUCGAACUUCUCUACUCGCAGAGGCUUGGGUCUCCCACAUCAGUCCUCUAGCCAGGCCUCCCGGCCCCCUUGUGCAUCCGUUGUGGCCUCUCCGCCAUCCCUAUUCUCCGCCUGCUCUCCCCAUGGCCCAGACAUGAGUGGCCCCCUAGAAGGGGCUGAUGGGGGAGGGGACUCCAGGGCGGGAGAAUCCUUUUGUCCUGGAGGGGCCCCAUCCCCUGGGCCUCCACAGCACCGGCCUUGCCCUGGCUCCAGCUUGGCUGAUGAUACGGAUGCCAACAGCAAUGGCUCAAGUGGCAAUGAGUCCAAUGGGCCCGAGUCUAGAGGUGCAUCUCAGCGGAGCUCCCAUAGCUCCUCCUCUGGUAACGGCAAGGAUUCGGCCCUGCUGGAAACCACAGAGAGCAGCAAGAGCACAAACUCUCAGAGCCCUUCCCCACCCAGCAGUUCCAUUGCCUACAGCCUCCUCAGUGCCAGCUCCGAGCAGGACAACCCAUCUACCAGUGGCUGCAGCAGUGAACAGUCAGCCCGGGCAAGGACCCAGAAGGAACUCAUGACAGCGCUUCGGGAGCUCAAGCUUCGGCUGCCGCCAGAGCGCCGGGGCAAAGGCCGCUCUGGGACUCUGGCCACGCUACAGUACGCUCUGGCCUGUGUCAAGCAGGUUCAGGCCAACCAGGAAUAUUACCAGCAGUGGAGCCUGGAGGAGGGUGAACCUUGUGCCAUGGACAUGUCCACCUACACUCUGGAGGAGCUGGAGCAUAUCACAUCUGAGUACACACUUCGCAACCAGGAUACCUUCUCCGUGGCUGUCUCCUUCCUGACAGGCCGAAUCAUCUAUAUUUCGGAGCAGGCAGGUAUCCUGCUACGCUGCAAGCGGGAUGUGUUCCGGGGUGCCCGCUUCUCAGAGCUCCUGGCUCCCCAGGAUGUGGGCGUCUUCUAUGGUUCCACGGCCCCAUCUCGCCUGCCCACCUGGGGCACUGGGGCCUCAGCAGGUUCAGGCUUCAAGGACUUCACCCAGGAGAAGUCUGUCUUCUGCCGUAUCAGAGGAGGUCCUGACAGGGAUCCAGGGCCUCGGUACCAGCCAUUCCGCCUGACCCCAUAUGUGACCAAGAUCCGGGUGUCAGAUGGGGCCCCCGCACAGCUGUGCUGCCUGCUCAUUGCAGAGCGCAUCCACUCGGGUUACGAAGCUCCCCGGAUCCCCCCUGACAAGAGGAUCUUCACCACACGACACACGCCCAGCUGUCUCUUCCAGGAUGUGGAUGAAAGGGCUGCCCCACUGCUGGGCUACCUCCCUCAGGACCUCCUGGGGGCCCCAGUACUCCUGUUCCUGCAUCCCGAGGACAGACCCCUGAUGCUUGCCAUCCACAAGAAGAUCCUGCAGCUGGCUGGUCAGCCCUUUGACCACUCCCCUAUCCGUUUCUGUGCCCGUAAUGGGGAGUAUGUCACCAUGGACACCAGCUGGGCCGGCUUCGUGCACCCCUGGAGCCGCAAGGUGGCCUUUGUAUUGGGCCGCCACAAAGUACGCACGGCACCCCUGAAUGAGGAUGUAUUCACUGCCCCGGUCCCCAGUCCAUCUCUGUCCCUGGACCCUGAUAUCCAGGAGCUAUCUGAGCAGAUCCACCGGCUGCUGUUACAGCCUGUGCACAGUUCCAGCCCCACGGGGCUCUGUGGAGUCGGCCCUGUGACUUCCCCAGGCCCUCUUCUCAGCCCGGGCUCCUCCAGUGAUAGUAACGGGGGUGAUGCCGAGGGGCCUGGGCCUCCUGCCCCGGUGACCUUCCAGCAGAUCUGUAAGGAUGUGCAUCUGGUGAAGCACCAGGGGCAGCAGCUUUUUAUUGAGUCCCGGGCUCGGCCUCUGCCCCGGCCCCACCUCCCUGCUACAGGCACAUUCAAGACCAAGACUCUUCCCUGCCAGUCCCCAGACCCAGAGCUGGAGGCAGCCCCUGCUCCAGUGCAGGCCCCACUAGCUGUGGCUCCUGAGGAGGCUGAGAGGAAAGAAGCCUCCAGUUGUUCCUACCAGCAGAUCAACUGCCUAGACAGCAUCCUCAGGUACCUGGAGAGCUGCAACAUCCCUAGCACGACUAAGCGUAAAUGUGCCUCCUCCUCCUCGUGCACCGCCUCCUCCUCCGAUGAUGACAAGCAGAAGACAGGUCCACUCCCUGUGGGGGCCAAGAAAGAUCCUUCGGCAGUGCUGUCUGGGGAGGGGGCCACACCUCGGAAGGAGCCGGUGGUGGGAGGCACCCUGCGCCCGCUCGCCCUGGCCAAUAAGGCGGAGAGUGUGGUGUCCGUCACCAGUCAGUGUAGCUUCAGCUCCACCAUCGUCCAUGUGGGAGACAAGAAGCCCCCGGAGUCGGACAUCAUCAUGAUGGAGGACCUGCCUGGCCUGGCUCCAGGCCCAGCCCCCAGCCCAGCCCCUAGCCCCUCAGUAGCCCCUGACCCAGCCCCAGAUGCCUACCGCCCUGUGGGCCUGACCAAGGCCGUGCUGUCCCUGCACACACAGAAGGAGGAGCAAGCCUUCCUCAGCCGCUUCCGUGACCUCGGCAGGCUGCGUGGACUCGAUGGCUCCUCCACAGCCCCCUCAGCCCCUGGUGAGCGAGGGCCCUGCCUAUGGACAGGCCCCUCGCUAGCCUCUCCCCACCAGGCCGGGGUUCCAGGCUGCAGCCAGAGGAGGGCAGCCUGGGGGUUUGGCACUGAGACAGGCAGGCGGAGGUGCUCUGCUCCAGGCUGCCACCAUGGCCCCACACCCCCUGGUCGCCGACACCAUUGCCGAUCCAAAGCCAAGCGCUCACGUCACCACCAGAUCCCCCGGACCGAAGCCCCCUGCUAUGUCUCUCACCCCUCACCUGUGCCACCCUCUGCCCCUUGGCCCCCACCAUCAGCUACUACUCCCUUUCCAGCUGUGGUCCAGCCCUACUCCCUCCCAGUGUUCUCCCCCCGAGGUGGCCCCCAGCCUCUUCCCCCUGCCCCCACGUCUAUGCCCCCUGCAGCUUUCCCUGCCCCUCUGGUGACCCCAGUGGUGGCCUUGGUGCUCCCUAACUAUCUAUUCCCUACCCCAUCCAGCUAUCCCUAUGGGAUACCCCAGACCUCCGCUGAGGGGCCUCCUACCCCCGUCUCCCACUCACCUUCUCCGUCCCUGCCCCCACUGCCCCCGAGCCCUCCCCACCGCCCGGACUCUCCGCUGUUCAACUCAAGAUGCAGCUCCCCACUCCAGCUAAAUCUGCUGCAGCUUGAGGAAUCCCCCCGUGUUGAGGGGGGUGUUGUUGCAGGGGGCCCUGGGAGCAGUGCGGGGCCCCUGCCUCCCAGUGAGGAAGCCGCUGAGCCAGAGGCCAGACUGGUAGAGGUAACUGAGUCCUCCAAUCAAGAUGCACUUUCGGGCUCCAGUGACCUCCUGGAGUUGCUGCUGCAAGAAGACUCUCGCUCUGGCACCGGCUCUGCUGCCUCAGGCUCCUUGGGCUCUGGUUUGGGCUCUGGGUCUGGUUCAGGCUCCCAUGAGGGGGGCAGCACCUCAGCCAGCAUCACACGCAGCAGUCAGAGCAGCCACACAAGCAAGUACUUUGGCAGCAUUGACUCUUCCGAGGCUGAGGCUGGGGCUGCCCAGGCCAGGGCUGAGCCUGGGGCGGCCCAGGCCAGGGCUGAGCCUGGGGACCAGGUCAUUAAAUACGUACUCCAGGAUCCCAUCUGGCUGCUCAUGGCCAAUGCUGACCAGCGUGUCAUGAUGACCUACCAGGUGCCCUCCAGGGACAUGGCCUCGGUGCUGAAGCAGGACCGGGAACGGCUCCGGGCCAUGCAGAAGCAGCAGCCUCGGUUUUCAGAGGACCAGCGGAGGGAACUGGGUGCUGUGCACUCCUGGGUCCGGAAGGGCCAGCUGCCUCGGGCCCUUGAUGUGAUGGCCUGUGUGGACUGCGGUAGUAGCACCCAGGACGCUGGCCGCCCUGAUGACUCACUCUUCUCAGAACUGGAUGGAUUGGGGCUGGAGCCCAUGGAGGAGGGUGGAGGUGAAGGUGGUAGCGGUGAUGGUGAGGGUGAAGGCGGAGAUGAGGCCCGGGCCCAAGCUGGGGCCAGGGUCUCAACCUCUCAGGACCUGGCCAUGGAGGAGGAGGAACAAGGUGGGAGCUCAUCUAGUCCAGCCUUACCUGCCACAGACAAUGGCACCAGCUAGACUACAUUUUGGGGCCUCCAGGAAUGCAUGAGAAGCUUCCUUCUCCUACAUUGCAACUCUCAGAACUCAAAUGUGGCUGGACCAACCAAUAGCAAACUGCCCCAGCUUCUCCCGCUGUAGGGGGCCGGACCCCCAUCACAAGCCGAGGAUCCAGGGGCUGCCUCUAGCCUAUGAGGGAACAGAGUGAAACUCUCCAGCCCAGCCUAGAGAAGCCUCACCUAGCACCCUUGGUGAGGAGUCCUUUCCCCUGGACAAGGUUGCUGACAGGCUGCUGAAGUUGUCUCUUCAAGUCCCAGCUGAACCCAAGUCCUGGUCCCCGAGGGUUGUAGGCUGCACUUAUUUAUUGGGGGAGGAGGGCCCGAGGCCCAAGUAGGAGCCAGUGGUCCAAACCCUUAGCUGCUCCAGGGUGGAGGAGGUUGGUGGACCAUGGAGUCCCUGGUGCUGCCCUUCAGGUGGGACCCAGGCGUUCUCAGCUGUAUCCUCUACCGAUGACAUUUGUGUUUUUGAUAUUGUGUCUGUUAAUAUUUUUUAAUACAAAAAAAAA